GUCCCCAGUUCCCUCUGCCCGAAUUUCUUCCUCUGAAGCAGUCACCAGUGUGUGGAGCCUGCCCCACACCCAUCACCUGCCAAACCACGGCCUUUACCUGUGUCUUCCGGUGUUUCCCGUGCGACCCGUCCUGCGGGAGUGCCUCCUGGGCCACCCCAGAGUUCACGCAGCGCUCAGUGGCUCCAAUGGUGAAGAUGACAAGGUCCAAGACUUUCCAGGCAUAUCUGCCUUCGUGCCACAGGACCUACAGCUGCAUUCACUGCAGGGCUCAUCUCGCCAACCAUGAUGAGCUCAUCUCCAAGUCCUUCCAAGGAAGCCAAGGACGAGCAUACCUCUUCAAUUCAGUAGUUAAUGUGGGUUGUGGCCCUGCAGAGGAGCGGGUGUUAUUAACAGGAUUACAUGCGGUUGCAGAUAUUUACUGUGAAAACUGCAAAACCACACUGGGUUGGAAAUAUGAACACGCUUUUGAAAGCAGCCAGAAGUAUAAAGAAGGCAAAUACAUCAUUGAACUAGCUCACAUGAUCAAGGAUAACGGCUGGGAUUGAAUGGAAAGAGCCUGGCCCUACCAGCGUGUAAGAGAAUGCCAUCCAACCGAACAUUAUAUCCAAGAGUGAGAGAGUGACUGAACGCUUGGUUCCAUGCAUUUAGAGGCUCUGCAAUUUGGGAGCAUCUUCACACCCUUCUCCAUCUUUAUUGGUGACUGGCCUCUAAAUUUCUGUCUCUCUGUCUCUUUGCUUUGUAUCUGUUUGUGAGUUGACCCUGGCUGCUUCUCUGUCUGUCCUGGCGUUGGCUAAGAGAAUGCACCGAACGCCCGACAGCCGUUCCGUGGUGACGAAUGUUUGAGUUCAAACUGAAGUUGGCUCUGUGGUGGCAUUUUAUCGGAAGGUCUCGGUGCGGGAGGAAGACCUGAGUUUUGGGCAGGAGAAGGUGAUAGGGGGUGGGGAGCGGGCCCAAAGGGAAGUCAUCAGAAGUCGAAACCGUACUUCUCCUUUAAGUCCUGGUUAACCAAGGCUUGAAACUAUCUACUUGUCUAAAUGGACAGAAAAAUACCUCACGGCUGCGUUCUCGCUGAAUCAUAAAACUGCUGCUCCAUCGGUGGAGCUUCAGCCUAAUCUGGCUGAGCAUAAUUCAUAACAGGUUUCCCCCACGAGCUAGUUGCAAAUCUGUGUUUUGUUUGCCAUUUGUGAACUCGUUGCCUGGGGGGGAGGGCCUGAAGGCUGGAGGGAUUCCCUGCCUCUUCUUUUUCUCGCUGUUUCAGGGUAGGUAAGCCAAACAUCCCCACAGAGCACAGCUGUGGGAGCAUCCUCACAGCUGGAGAAACCAAAUCCUGACUCUUGAGCCCUUUAGAGAGAAGGAGUAAAGCACUUAGGCACAGUGGGUCUGGAGCUG